GCACCGCUUCCGGCGGCUAGACUGGAAAGCUUUUGCCGACCGUUCCAGUUUGUCGGUAUCGAUUACUUCGGACCACUAACGGUAAAAGUUGGAAGGCGAUUAGAGAAGCGCUGGGUCGCGCUCUUUACUUGCCUUGUGAUACGAGCUGUGCAUCUUGAAGUGACCCAUUCUCUAUCUACUGAAUCAUGCAAGAUGGCUAUAAGAAGAUUUAUAGCGAUACGAGGAGCACCUCAAGAAAUAUACUCCGACAACGGAAGUAACUUCGUCGGAGCUAGCCGUGAGUUGCAAACGCAAAUUAACAACGGAGACUUGGCGAAUACGUUUACUAACUGUUACACCAAAUGGAAGUUUAAUCCUCCGGCCGCGCCUCAUAUGGGUGGGGUGUGGGAGAGGUUGGUACGUUCCGUUAAAUUGGCUUUAGAAUCUAUGAUGCUUUCAAAAUCACCCAAUGAUGAAACCCUCCUUACGGUUCUAAAGGAAGCUCAAGCAAUAGUUAACUCUCGGCCUUUAACGUUUGUUUCGUUGGACACGAAGGAUGACGAGGCGUUGACACCUAAUCAUUUCUUGAUGUUAAGCUCGAACGGUGUUGUGCAACCAACUAAGAGUAUGAACGCGAGUUCAAGUGUCUGUAGGACGGAUUGGGACUUGGCGCGGAGCAUGACGGACCAGUUCUGGAGAAGAUGGGUAAAAGAGUACCUGCCUAUCAUAACAAGACGUACGAAGUGGUUCGUUCAGACAAAACCUCUACAGAAAGAUGACCUUGUGAUUGUGGUGGACGAAGCUACUAGAAACGGGUGGAAAAGAGGAGUAGUCGAAGAAACUAUCAAAGGAAGUGAUGGUGAGAUUAGACAAGUUAUUGUGAGAACUCAAUCGGGUCGCAUGAAAAGAGCAGUAUGUAAGGUAGCAUUGCUCGAUCUUAAUAAUAGUAAAACUUGCCAGACCAAGUGUUACGGGGUGGAGAAUGUUGUCGAGCAGCACGAAGAAUUACCUUAACUUGACGUAUUAUGCGUUAGACGUGUUUUCUCCUUUUGACUCAAAGGGGAAGUUUAUAUAAACGGUGAUGGAUAAGGAGAAAAAGAAAGAUGGCGAACGGAAGAGUAGAAUCGCUACGUGUUUAAGCGAGUCAAUUUCAAAUCCUCUUUAACCUAGAAGUUUUAGCCUAGAAAGUUAGUAAUUAGUUGUGAUAGAUAUUAAUGGGAAACAAUAAUCUUUAAAGCUGGCUCAACAAAAAAAACGAACGAGUUUGCUAAAAGAUCCCUG